AAGCAGAGGCUGAAAAAUAAAGAGCAAAGAGGAAGAAAACAAAAGCUGCCAAUUAUGGAAGAUAGAAGGGGAAAGAUUAGGAUAGCAAUUUGACUAUUUGCCAAAUUGUCCAUAAGACAGAGUAUCAAAGGGAAGAGACACUGAAGCCAAGAAAUCCUGCUUUUUGUAUUCCUGGAUCUUUCUUGGAACAGCCCAUCAUGCGUGACAUCUGAAGAUACAGCACCAGCUGCUCAUGAAUACAAGUUCCUUAGAGUACCCAGACUUCAUGGGAGCACUAAAAACGUAUUACAUGGUUUGUUGCCAGCAUUUCCCGCACUGACUCUCACCAGCAACUCUUCACUCUGGCCAACCUCAGAGACAUGGGGACUGCUGUGCGCUCUGAUGUCUCAUGUAGAGAGUCUCAUGGGCUAACUGCAGAGUCUGAAGUGAAGAUAUUUUGCUCUAAAAACAUACUGGGCAUCCUUGGCUUCUCCUGUGUCAUCGCUGUGGUAGCACUGCUCGCUCUGGGGCUGACCCAGAACAAACCACUGCCAGAAAAUGUUAAGUUUGGGAUUGUGCUGGAUGCGGGCUCUUCUCACACGAAUUUGUACAUCUAUAAGUGGCCAGCAGAAAAGGAGAAUGACACAGGGGUGGUGACUCAGAUAGAAGAGUGCAAGGUAAAAGGUCCUGGAAUCUCAGAAUUUGCUCAGAAAUUAAGUGAAAUAGACAUUUAUCUGACUGCAUGCAUGGAAAGAGCCAGGAAAGUGAUUCCAGCAUCCCAGCACACAGAGACACCUGUUUACUUGGGAGCCACGGCAGGCAUGCGGUUGCUCAGGAUGGAAAAUGAACGGUUGGCAGACAAGAUCCUGGCUGCGGUGGCAAAGAGCAUCAGCAGCUACCCCUUUGACUUCCAGGGUGCCAGAAUCAUCACUGGCCAAGAGGAAGGUGCCUAUGGCUGGAUUACUAUCAACUAUCUGCUGGGCAGAUUCACUCAGAAAUUGAGUUGGUUUAACCUGAAACCAAGUGAAGGCGAUACUCAGGAAACCUAUGGAGCUUUAGACCUUGGGGGAGCCUCUACACAAAUCACUUUUGUGCCUCGAAACGAAACGACUGAGUCUUCUAACAACACUCUGCACUUUCGCCUCUAUGGCAAGAACUACGGUGUAUACACACACAGCUUCUUGUGCUAUGGGAAGGAUCAAGCCCUCUUGCAGAAACUGUCCAAGGACCUUCAGGCUACAAAUGGAACCAUCCGUGACCCAUGCUUUCACUCUGGAUACCGGAGGAAAAUGAACAUGAGUGACCUUUAUGAGGCUCCCUGCACCAGGAGAUUUGAGGCAACUUUUCCAUUUCUUCCAUUCCCUGAAGUUGAAAUCCGUGGCACUGGAAACUAUCAACAAUGCCGGCAAAGCAUCCUUCAACUCUUUAACACCAGUUACUGCCCUUACUCCAGCUGUUCCUUCAAUGGGAUUUUCUUGCCACCCCUCCAAGGGAAUUUUGGGGCAUUUUCAGCUUUUUACUAUGUGAUGGAGUUUUUAAACCUUACAUCAGAGGAACAGUCAACUCAUAAAAAGAUGAUUAGCACGUUGGAAAAGUUCUGCUCUCGGCCUUGGGAAGAGCUGCAGAUGUACUUUGGUGAAGUGAAGGAGAAGUACCUGAGUGAAUACUGCUUUUCUGGCACCUACAUCCUCGCUCUUCUUCUGAAUGGCUAUCAUUUUACAUCUGAGUCCUGGAAGGAUAUUCACUUCAUGGGCAAGGUCCGGAGCACCAGCGUCGGGUGGACUUUGGGCUACAUGCUGAACCUGACCAACAUGAUCCCAUCUGAAGAGCCAUUGUCCACACCUCUCUCCCACUCCACAUAUGUCUUCCUCAUGGUCCUCUUCUCCCUGAUCCUGGUCAUAGUGGUCGUAAUAGGCAUAUUUAUCUUUCACAAGCCUUCGUAUUUCUGGAAAGACAUGGUAUAGCAGGAACAGCUGAAAUCUGCUGGCUGGAGUGAGAAGAAAACUUGCCCAGGGAGCACUUUCCUCCACAGUGGUGUACAAGGCCAGUGUUGACCAGCAUGAAGCUUCCUUGGCUUUUGCUGAAGCCUUUCCAUGGGAGGUAUUUACCACCCACUGCCUCAAGAACUUCCUGGCAGACAUUGUCUCUUUUGUGAGUCUCUCCAAACUCCCCCCCUUUCUCUUUUGUACUCUGUGCUUGUGUAGCUCUUGAAGACCUGCCUCCUUUCAUGAUAGUUGCUUUAUAAAAGAACAAUAUUGACUUUAUCCAGAAGAACUGAGAGUCCUGAGUCCUGUGCUGGGAAGUUGCCCUGGCUAAAAGAAGAAUCUUGGGAACUGAUUCAGUUGUGGUCUUACAGACCCUUUCUCUCUCCUGUUUCCCAUUUAUUAAGAAAGCCAUCCAAUGCCUUUGGAGAAGACAGACACAUAUCCCAUGCCCAGCCUGCCCUUUGCAUGGGAGAAUUUUCUAGUCUAGGCAAGUAUGUGCUAGGGCAAAAGAGUCCUACAAAGGAAUUUAUGGGAUGUGCAGUUAAUCCAAUAGUUAAUCCAAGACAAAAGAGGGAUGUGGGUAAGUCACAUAUUCCUGGGUGAUGCCAAAAUGCCAGAGUGGGACACCCAGACCAGAGAUUAUUUAAAAAGCUGCUGUACAUAUACAUAGGCAUUCAAAUAUCAGGGCAUAUUAUCUGGUAGGUGUACACAUGUCUGGAAGAAAAAUACAGUUACAACACAAGGUCAGGAAAGUGCAUCCUCCAACACAUCUAUUGGGGUUUUGUUUUUAUUGCAGUAAAACGCAUAUAACCUAAAAUUCACCAUUAUGACAUAUACAAUUUAGUGGCAUUUAGUACAUUCACAGUGUUGUGCAACUGUCACCAAUAUCUAAUUCCAGAAUAUUUUCAUCACUAAGAAAUUAUUGGCUGGGGAUAAGACCAUCCUGUGGUAGGCUUGAACCAUCAACCAUUUCCAUUUAGCCAAGCAUGCUAACCGGUUGCACCACAAAGAUGCUCACUGAGUUUUAAAGCCAUGCCAUAUCUUACUGUCCCAGGGUUUAAUUUAGUGAAAGAGUUGCAUUAGCGAAGAGUGGCAUGCCUUUUUUGUUGUCAUGGUAUUUACACAACAAAAUGUGCAAGGAACCACAUCUGCAAGUUUUGCUGCCGGUUCUAGGUACUUUUGCUUUAAGCAUCUUUGCCAUAGACAUUUUUGCCACAAACAUUUCACUGCAAAUUAUUGGCUCUAAAGCAAUUUUGCCAUAAAAGAUAAAAUAAUGGAAAAUCAAAGAGGGAUAAUUAAAAGGACAUAAUGAAACGAAUAACAAAAUUCAAGACUUAUUGUGAAAUAUAAAAUAUUUGAGUAUAUUUAAAGUGUGUGUUGAUUCAUGGCAAUACUGUGCACAUAACUGAGUAUAUUUUAUUUUGUGGGUUGUAUCUAAGCACUUGUCUUCCAAGUCUUUCAUUCAUAGCAUUUUAUACUUUUUUUUUUUGCUCAUUGAUUUGUCUCCUCGUUCUGCAUCGUACUUUUUCUUUUUUGCUAAAAUUUCUUCCUUCGUAAAGAGCGAUGUAAGUUUCCAAAUACUUAGAGGCAUCUUUGUAACUGAGCUUUGUGUUGUGUUUUGAAAGCUUCUACACGGUUGUUGUUUGUUCUUGGCAUAUUGUCACGUGUCCAUUGACAGAUGGUUCCAAAGUUGUGUGGGAAAUGUGGGUUCACCUCUGCACCUUCCAGGACCUUGGUCUCUUUCUCCUCCACUGUAGUGUGUUUCAAAAUAAGAAACCAACUUUUGGGGCAAAUCACUGUCAUAUGCCAGCUCGAUAAAGCCAUCAAUAAUGUCGCCAACUGGAAGAAAUGCUAACAUAUUUCAACCAGUUGAAACCAAACUGUCAAACCAAAAACUGUCAACCAGUUAUUUUAUCUUUCACAGGGAAUUUGCCUUACAGCCAAUUAGUUAUUCGACGAAAAUGUUGCAGAAGUGCUUGUGGCAGAGAUGUCAAUGGCAAAGAUGCUUAUGGUGAAGGUACCUAGAACCCAUUUCAAGAUGUAAUUAAUAUAUGUUACUAAUGAUAUAUUUUUUAAUAUUAAGUCUUUGAAAUCUGUUGUGUAUAUUACACUUACAGCACAUCCUAACCAGGACUCCAUUUCAAGUACUCAAUAGCCACGUGUGGCUAGUGGCUACCAUAUUGAAUAGCACACGUCUAAAAGUACAUUCACAGCUAAAAAGACACAGGCAAUAACACUUUGUCUUUCUCUUGAGGGGGGGAAUUUUCUUUAAACAGCUAUAGAUGCUAUAACAUUCUUGCUAUUAUUUAUUAUAUAUGAAGUUUAACAUUAUUCUUAACAAGCUUUUAACAUCCCAGCUCAGAAUUUCACAUUACUCCUCAGGUUUUGUUGCCUUUUUUGUGAAGACACAGAUGCCUAUUAUUCAGGCCAAGAUGCCUGAUGAAAGACCUUUGGGAAAUUUAAUCUGGAUUCAAAGAUAAUACAAGAUAAUUGGAUGCUUAUAUUCUAUGGUCAAAAUGUAAACUUGAAUAUUAAAAUAAAGAUUAGUCUCUUAAUAGCUCACAGAGCAAAGUUUACCAUAUAAUAGUAACGUUACUAUUAAAACAUAUUCUCAUUUAUUGUCAGUUUGAAAGAUGAGCUGAAUUUCACUGAAAUUGGUCUCAUUCCUCUCUGAUUCAGAGUCUAAUAGUUGCUAUCUUGUUAGAACAAGUUACUCAUAGUUAGCCUAUGCUAGCCAGGUAUUUCUUUCAGUUUGUGCUAGUUUUAUAAUUUUUUAAAAUUUCUUAUAACAACCUCAAAAUUUCAGUGGCUUACCACAAUAAACAUUGAUUUUUCAUGUU